AUGUCUAACUACUACUCAUCCUCUAGCUGCUCCUCCUUCUCUGCCUGCUUCCCAUCGUGUACCUGCUCUCGCUCCUACACCUGUUCCCACUCCUCUGCCUGCAUCCCAUCCUCUGCCUGCAUCCCAUCCUCUGCCUGCAUCCCAUCCUCUACCUGCUCCUCUUCCUACACCUGUUCCCACUCUUCUACCUGCUCCUCUUCCUACACCUGUUCCCACUCUUCUACCUGCUCCUCUUCCUACACCUGUUCCCACUCCUCUGCCUGCAUCCCAUCCUCUACCUGCUCCUCUUCCUACACCUGUUCCCACUCCUCUGCCUGCAUCCCAUCCUCUACCUGCUCCUCUUCCUACACCUGUUCCCACUCCCCUUCCUGCAUCCCAUCCUCUACCUGCUCCUCUUCCUACACCUGUUCCCACUCCUCUGCCUGCAUCCCAUCCUCUACCUGCUCCUCUUCCUACACCUGUUCCCACUCCUCUGCCUGCAUCCCAUCCUCUACCUGCUCCUCUUCCUACACCUGUUCCCACUCCCCUUCCUGCAUCCCAUCCUCUACCUGCUCCUCUUCCUACACCUGUUCCCACUCCUCUGCCUGCAUCCCAUCCUCUACCUGCUCCUCUUCCUACACCUGUUCCCACUCCUCUGCCUGCAUCCCAUCCUCUACCUGCUCCUCUUCCUACACCUGUUCCCACUCCCCUUCCUGCAUCCCAUCCUCUACCUGCUCCUCUUCCUACACCUGUUCCCACUCCCCUUCCUGCAUCCCAUCCUCUACCUGCUCCUCUUCCUACACCUGUUCCCACUCCCCUUCCUGCAUCCCAUCCUCUACCUGCUCCUCUUCCUACACCUGUUCCCACUCCCCUUCCUGCAUCCCAUCCUCUACCUGCUCCUCUUCCUACACCUGUUCCCACUCCCCUUCCUGCAUCCCAUCCUCUACCUGCUCCUCUUCCUACACCUGUUCCCACUCCUCUGCCUGCAUCCCAUCCUCUACCCGAGUUUCGGAUAACCCAAAAAAUAUUUAA